AUGUCUAAAAUUCAACUAGAUGUCACUUUCGAUGAACAUUAUCGUGGUCUUGGUUAUGUCAAUGGGUUGCUUUGCAUGAAAAAAUAUGUUAAGAAUACUAUAGUUCACAAAAUAUUCUUGUGGAACCCUACAAUUAGGAAAGCUAUAAAGGUCCCUCUUCCCAAAAUGUCAACAUUUGGAGACGAAUUUGAAAUUGAUUGUUUUGAUCAUAUUAAGAAUGAUUAUAAAUUGGUAGCAAGUCUAUACGCAGCAGUUAUCUUUCAUAUUCCUAGAUUUGUUGAAAUUUUCACCCUUAGCACUUACUCAUGGAGGACUGUUGUUCCUAGUAAUAAGGAACCAUGCUCUUGGGUUCAAGGAGGUCCAAAGGUUUUUCUAAAUGGAAUCAUAUAUUGGUCAGGGAUCAACAUCACUACAAGAAUUUAUUGUGAUCUUGCUAAAGAGGAACAUGAAAGAAUUCCUGUCAACUUGGAUGAAUCGGUUGCUCUUAUGGAAAUCUUUGAAACUCAUACUCAAAUAUGGGUGAUGGAAGAGUUGGAAGGCAUAGUACAAUCAUGGACCAAACGUUAUACAAUUAACUUACAACUUCUUUAUAGGUGUUUAUGUCUCAAAAUGGAUGGCGAGUUAUUCUAUGUGAGAAAACAUGGAGGGGUGAACUGCUACAAUAUCAAGAACCAAGAAACUAAAGUUCUUGCAAAGAGUUACAACUUUUCUCCACUUUUCACUAGUGUCUACGUUGAGAGUUUGGCCUUGCUCAAAGGCAAUGCCUCAAAUAAUGUUAUGGAACUUCCGACCUUUAUUUUAGAGUAA